CCGACAGGUAAUAAAGUAACCUUGGCCGUGCACGGACCUAACCGAUUAGGCGAUUGGCAUAAAACAAAAUCCAGAAUACCAAUAUCCUCAUCCCCCAACACCAAUCAACCCUGGCUCCCCACAUCUGGAAACGCCUCUUCCCGCCGCGAACCCGAAGACCUCUCCCCAUCAUUCCCCAAAUCGGGAUAACCCGCCGCUUCACUUCCUCAAUGGAAAUAAACGUCUUCAAGUUUUGCUCUGGUCUCAGAGUCCUCGGCUACGUCAUGAUCCUCCUCGUCGCCGCGAUUGUUGGCGUUUCUUACUAUGCCGUCGUUUCCCUUACGUAUGGUCCACUGUUACUCCGCGGCGGAUUCGACUCCUUUUUAUCCUUCAUCAUCGUCAUUAUAUUCCAUGUUCUGCUUGUACUUUUGUUGUGGAGUUAUAUUAGAGUGGUGCUUAAGGACCCUGGCUCUGUACCUGAGAAUUGGAGAGCUGUUUCCGGGGAGGAGAGCUUGGAGGUUGGUACUUCUUUAGCUGCUGCGGAAGACGGAUUUGAGAGAAGAUCGCGUGGUGGUGGAUAUUGCAUCCAUUGCCAGAAUGGAAAGCCGCCGCGGUGCCAUCAUUGUUCUAUUUGUCAAAGAUGUGUUCUCAAGAUGGACCACCACUGUGUCUGGGUGGUGAAUUGUGUUGGGGCAUGCAACUAUAAGUUUUUCCUUCUUUUCUUGCUAUAUACGUUUUUGGAGACAACAAUGGUCACCAUAGUGUUGCUGCCAAGUUUUAUCAAUUUCUUUGGUGAAGCCAAGAAUCACUCUUCUGCUGCCAAAUCAGCGAUAAUCUUUUUGGCAUUUGUUCUCAAUUUUGCUUUUGCUCUGAGUCUUCUUUGUUUCGUCGUCAUGCAUGCAUCUCUUCUAUCAAGCAAUACGACAUCAGUAGAGGUUCAUGAGAAGAAAGGAGUGGUUAGGUGGAAAUAUGACUUGGGAAGGAAAAAGAAUUUUGAGCAGGUGUUUGGCACGAAGAAAAGUUUGUGGUUAUUCCCACUGUUCUCAGAAGAUGACUUAGAGAAAAUACCAGCACUACAUGGCCUAGAGUUUCCAACACGUUCAGAUGUUGAUGCUUGAGGUUUUAUUGAGAGUAACAUCUGACGUCGAUUGUGUAAGCCUGAGUAACAUGUUGCCAUUGUUAUUAUCUUAGGUUUAAAUGUGCAAUCUGAAAGCUUGAACCUUACAACAUAAUAUUUGAUGAUGCUGGCUUGAAGUGAAGGUAAACAAAAGCAGUGUCUCAAGUUUCUUUGUUAUUGAAGAAUCCUGUUAGCUACCUGAUAUUUUUAAAGUAAAAGCUAAAAAGGUGAGGUGUAUCGCCGAAUUGUCAUGUGUUAUAGGCGAGAUAGGACAAAUACGAACUGGAAAUAACGUUUUCAAUGACAACAAAUCCCUUAACGCCAUGCAUGUUUCAUGUUUGAAGAAAUGUUGUCAAUUCUUUUUAGAAAACAA